AGGACAUAGUUCUACUCUAACCACUUCUUGUCCGGCUGUUGUAUAUAAAUGGCCGGACGGUGGCAGUGCAGGGGUGCGUUGACGUUCAUAAAUGGCGCCUGCCAUUUUGGACUGUGCGCGCUCCCUGGGAGUGUGUGGCACCGCUAUCCGUGGAACAACGAUAGCUGUGUGAGGUCCCGAUCAUGUGAUAACUGAUUGGCCAAUCAGUGAUCACAUGAAGAGUAAUAAGCAAGAUGUCACUUCUGACACUAUUGCUUACUACUUGUGAAAUCUGUGAAUGAUCACAGAGGUCACAUGGCACAAGGC